AUGAACUACUCAAACAUGCGGGGUCUGCUUGGGCGUACACCUGUCAAAUCCGGACAGCCAGGGGCUGGGCACCAGCGUAGUCAAAGUUUCGAAUUCCAUACAGAGCUCGAAAAAUGGGCAAAAGAGAUGGGAGAGUCCCGGUCAAACGACGACAAACCUUCCGACGACAGCAAAGGCCCUAAGCGUGUUCGAGAAAGCCCCGACCCAGAGACCGAGUCGACCGUUGCGUCUCCUGCGAAGAAGCAGAAGACAGAACCUGAAGACGACGAUACCGUGACCCUGGGUCAGGACGAUUAUUCGAUCUGGGACGCUUUGCUAUACGGGUCUUCGUACCCAGGCAUCACGGAGUCGUUGUCUCCGUCUUCUCCUCAAAGCAAAGAACCCUUGCCUGAUAUAGGCAGUAUUUCAGACGAAGCGCCCACCAUUCCAAAAUCCUGGAAGUUCAAGAUUUGGGAGGACGAGGAUGCAGCAACCGACAAUGACAGCAUGGCAGGUCAUGCGGGGCCCUGGGUUCCUCUGUCCGAAGACAGGGUUCCUGAGCACGACGAUGAAGACAAGGAGAACGACCCUCCUGAGUUCGAUGUGGCCGCGCAGGUAGUAGACGAUGUUUCGGAAUCCGAGGAUUAUGACCUGUAUGUGUGGUCGCGUCAGUUCCCCCGUACCAUUCUCGGCGAGCUUCAGCGAAACUGA